AUGAAGAACAUCGGGAUUAUUGGAGCAGGCUUUGUUGGAGAAGCGCUCGCUCUCAGGCUUGUUGAACUUGGGUACUCAGUGAAGGUUGCGAACUCCCGGGGUCCGGACACUCUAAAAGAGUUUGAGCAAAAGACUGGUGCAAAGGCUGUUGGAAUUGCUGACAUCUCGUUUGGACUGGAUGUUCUCGUCAUCGCAGUUCCCAUGACUCGCACUCUAGAUUUGCCAAAGAGCGUUAUCUCAACGCUGCCAGAGGGUGCAAUCGUGGUGGAUGCAAACAAUUACUAUCCAGCAAGGGAUGGCGUAAUUCCAGACUUGGAAGCAGAACUGACCGAAUCCCAGUGGGUUUCUCAGAUACUGGGCGUUAGCGUGGUUAAGGCGCUCAAUAACAUCAUCGCUUCUAGAUUGGUCACCAACCACAAACCCAAAGGCGAUCCAAAUCGCAUUGCGCUACCUGUGUCUGGUGACAAUUCAGGAGACAAGGCUAAAAUCAUGGAGCUGGUGGAACAUUUGGGAUUUACAGCUUUCGACGCGGGUCCAUUAUCGGAGUCCUGGCGUCAACAUCCGGGCAACCCUGCCUACUGCUCCGACCCCACAAUCGGCGAGCUACCGUUGCUGCUUCAACGUGCAGAUCGCAAGAAAGCAAGGGAAGGCCGUGACAGCGCCUCAAAGCUACUUGCAAAGCUCCCCAAAGAUUAUUCCGCCGACGUGCUUGUACGGGUUUCCAGACUUUCUGCUGGGUUGGACAGAACAAACCCAAAAAGUUUGUUUGCCAUACUGAGGCUCGGCGUGGCCCUUCUGUGGCCUUCACAAUGA